AUGGCGGAGCAGGGCAAGGGCGACGGAGAAUGGCGGACGGUGACAAGGAGAAGGGCGAACCCGCAGAGGUCAGACAAGAACUCGGUGAGAUGGACAAAGCCACGAAACGGUAUCACCUUCUUCUUCAACAAUUUUCCGGAAGGAAUUUGGCAAGAAACGUUGGAGAAAAGCUUCAAUAAAAUCGGUAAAGUUACAGAUAUCUUCUUCCCUAGGAAGAGAGACAUUAAGGGCAAGCCUUUCGGGUUUGUUAGGUUCGAGGAGGGCUCCGACAAAACAAGGAUCCUGGGAGAUUUGAAUAAUACCUGGUUCGGUAGUUACAAACUUAGAGCCUACUUUCCUAGGUUCGAAAGAUCUACCCCGGAGGUUGUCUCUGAGGAUGAGAAAGUUUCGGCAACUGUGGUCAUAAAUGGUUGUAAAGACAGGCCGGCACCAAAAAGGACCGCCCAAAAUUGUCUUUCAAAGAAGAGAGAAAGCGGGAAGACUUUCAGGGAGGCGCUUGGUGGAACAGGUAAAUCCACCGAUCCUCCGGCGGAUGAGGUCAUUGGCUUCCAACCGACAGAUGAAGAGACUGCAUGGCUUACACACUCUUUUACUGGAUUCGUGAAAACGGAAUACACCUGGGAGGAGUUUGGCGAAGAAAUCAAUAGUGAACGUGCAACUCUUCUAAAGAUCUCUUCCCUUGGGGGAAAUCUGGUCUUAAUUCAAAGCACGGACAAUAGGCCGGUGAAAGAUCUUUUGACGGAGCUCAACGAAUGGACAACCUUCUGGUUCGACUGGGUGAGACCUUGGUCUUACAUCGAUGUUAACACUCAAAGAUCGGUUUGGACCAAGUGGUUUGGUGUGCCGUUGCAAGCUUGGAAUUCUAGGUUUUUCGAGAUUCUGGGGGCAAAAAUUGGGAUGGUGCUGAAGAUUCAUGACCUUACAAAAUCCAAGGACCGAUUGGAUUUCGCGAUGAUUCAGAUUUCAACUGGUUUGGCACCGAUCAACAAAACCUUUGUGUGUAAAAUUGACGGAGCCCAGUUUAAGAUCAGGGUGGAGGAAGUGUUUGAACAGAUUCCGGCGGAAAACUCACAAUCUCAGGAAAGUUGCUCGACGUCAGAAGAGGAAGUUUUGUCCGAUGAUGAGGAGGUUUUGGCAGAAUCGGUGCUCCCGGCAGAGGCUCAGAUCGGAAGGUUUCCGGCAAUAUCCAACAACAGCGGUGAAUUCGGCUCAAAACCGGUCCAAACCAAUACCUCUUCGUUUUCCGCUCUGGCGGCUGCCGACUUUUCGCUUCCCAAUAAGGAUAGCAUGCACGCUACCAACUUUCAAUUAUUAAGGUGUCAGCCCCAAGGUAACGACCCUCAAGUUCGGCUGCUCUAG